CCCAGAGGCUAUUGUCUGAGAAACCUGCAUACACCUUCUGUUCACUCUGGCCUCGGUAUUCGGCACUGCGCCAUGCGGUGCUUUGAAAUCUCUAAGAACAAGUAGAGGAAAGCAUCCUCGGAGAUGUCGGCCGAGAUGGACGGAGACGGACACGGGUUUUAAAUGGCUGGCCGAGAUGCCGUAGAGGGGGGCGCGUUUGACGCCAUUUACGCAUCCUCUGCAAAACAAAAUCAAAGAGUCAUGCUGCUCUAUUUCCAUGCUCCUCCUUUGACACCUGGAACACCCAGUCGCCUUCCGACAUAACCACUCAAUCCUGUGUCACCAUGAGCGACGCAGCCCGACGUGACGAGGUCACCCGAGAAGAAGCAGCCGCAGAGGCUGGCCCUGGAGCCGCAACCACGAAUAAUGUACCGGCCAACCAACUCUCUGAAGACAUCGAAAACAACAGCACGUCUUCAGUAUCGACCAAACACGACGAUGUACCCACGCAAGAUAGACCACAAUUGGAGCGCAAGGACUCGACACCAUUGGAAGAGAGAUCAAAGGGCAAGAUUGCUCUCAUCAUGACUGCGCUGGGAAUGGCCGUUUUCCUCGCUGCUCUCGAUGUCACCAUUAUCACGACCGCUCUACCUACCAUUUCCGAAUACUUCCAUUCAGCCGCUGGAUACACAUGGAUUGGUUCAGCAUAUCUACUAGGAAAUGCUUCAAGUGUGCCAUUGUGGGGCAAGAUUUCCGACAUCUUUGGGCGAAAGCCUAUCUUGAUCGUCGCAAACUUGAUGUUCCUUAUUGGAUCACUCAUUGCUGCUCUGGCCAACAGUAUCGGCAUGCUCAUCGCCGCUCGAGCCAUUCAAGGUGUCGGCGGUGGUGGUCUGGUCACCCUCGUCAAUAUCUGCAUCAGUGACCUGUUCAGUCUGAGGAGAAGAGGUGCGUACUUUGGUAUCAUCGGAGGUGUAUGGGCAUUGGCAUCGGCUAUUGGACCUGUCAUUGGUGGUGUGUUUACUGAGAAGGUAUCUUGGCGAUGGUGUUUCUACAUCAACCUACCUCUUGAUGGAGCCGCUCUGGUUAUCAUCUUCUUCUUCCUCGACUUGAAGACUCCCAAGACUCCUCUGUGGGAAGGUCUGAAGGCCAUUGACUGGAUCGGAGCCUUGCUCGUUAUUGGUGGCGUACUCAUGUUCUUGUUCGGUCUUGAAUACGGUGGUGUCACCUAUCCUUGGGACUCUGCUACUGUCCUCUGCCUGAUCAUCAUGGGUGUCUUCACCAUGUGUUUGUUCAUCAUCAACGAGUGGAAGUUCGCCAAAUCGCCCGUCAUGCCGCUUCGCAUCUUCCAGAAUCAGAGCAACAUCGCUGUUCUCGGUGUAUGUGCCAUUCAUGGUAUGGUCUUCAUCUCGGCUUCAUACUACUUGCCUCUGUACUUCCAGGCUGCACGCGGAGCCACACCUCUCUUGUCAGGUGUCUACAUCCUUCCACAGGCCCUGUCUCUGUCAUUCGCCUCCAUGGCCACCGGUAUCUUCAUUCGCAAGACUGGUCAAUACCUACCCGCAAUCUGGUUCGGCAUGGUCUUCCUUGUACUAGGCUUCGGUCUCUUUGUCGACUUUACAGCCGACAGCGGAUGGGCAAAACUGAUCAUCUACCAGAUCAUUGCAGGAAUAGGAAUUGGUCCCAACUUCCAAGCCCCCCUCAUCGCCCUCCAAACAAACGUCCAGCCCAGAGAUAUCGCCACUGCCACGGCAACCUUCGGCUUCGUCCGCCAAAUCUUCACCUCAAUCUCCGUAGUGAUCGGCCAAGUCGUAUACCAAAAUCAGAUGAACACGAAAACCGCCCGCCUGGUCGCCGCUCUAGGCCCCCAAACCGCCUCCCAACUCACAGGAGGAGGUGCAGGCGCUAAUGUCGAGUUGGUAGAUAAUCUGCCCUCUGGACAAAAGCAGGUCGCGCAGACGGCAUUCGCGCAGAGUUUGCAUCCCAUGUGGAUCAUGUAUGUGUGUUUUGCUGCUGUGGGGUUGGUGGUGAGUGCGUUCAUCAAGAAGAAGGAAUUGAGUAAGAAGCAUACGGAGACAAAGACUGGACUUGAUGUCCAAAGGGCGAAUGCUGAGGCGCAGAAGAUGGAGGAUGCGGAGAAGAAGGCCGCAAAGGGGAGGAAGAUGCAAGAUCCUGAGAAGGGUGAAGCGUAAAAGCGUCCCUUUAUGAAGGAGAGAGAGAGAAAAGGAGUUUUUGGAUUUUUCUUGCAUUUUCCGGCGGCGCAUCAACUGCGUAUACCUUUUUUGAUACCAUAGCGAUGUCUGGCAUGACGGGAUGUAAAAUCGCAUCUCGAUUUCAUCCCAGGGGUUCCAGCAUACUUCCUCUGCAUCUUUUAGAAGUUUCCUAAUUAAUCACAUCUUCACUUUCAAACAAC